AUGCGACGCCAAUACAACGCGCUGCAGUGCUAUCUUACUGCAACGAUUAGCGCAAUCUUCCUUUUUUUUGCACUCGCCUGCGACUCGGUCGCUUAUGCCGAUGCCCUCGAUGGUCCGGACACAGAGAACACCUUAAACCUCCCAGGGGUGGUUAUCAGCGACGGGGCAGGACUCCCAUUUGCGCUGGACUCGUUCAAUGGGCUAGAACUUCGUGACAGUGUCGACGAAGAUGGCGAGUCAAAUGGGCUGGACCUCGUUCGUAGAUACCCUAAUGCCGCGAAAGCAUUGGGCAACAAUCAGUUCGCGGAGCCUGGGGCGCUCGCGAUCGGCGGUGUCCACUGGUUCUACCUACCCAAAUCAGUGGUGAACGGCAAACACGACACCGCAGGCCCCGGUCUUCCUGCAUACAUAAAUGCUACGGAGGCAGAUGACGGUGACCCGAGCAAUGAGCUACGGAAACGAGACAGGGACUUCUCGAAGCGAGCGACGACGACAGUCUACUUGUCGCUCACGACCUGCCAGAAACCAUAUACCAACAAAACAAAUUCACAAGGCGGAUUCCCGCAGCUGCAAUUGUAUGUGUCGACUUCGGAGGAACUGCAGCAGCCAGGACCGGGCAAAGACGACUCGCUGCAGGAUAUAUACACUGCCGCUGGUGGAUAUGUGGGCAUCACCGUAGACACGGACAGCGACGUCUUCCUCGGUGUCGCAGCGCCUAAUUCAACAGAAUACACGGGAAGUUACACGUACCAGAUCGCAGCAUCUAUCGAUGCCUUUUUCCACAACAUCGUGGACGAUACACCAAAUCUGUUCUUCAUCGACGCGGACGUGUCAGCCGCGUUGCUCGUGACGAACAACCUGACCCAGUCUGCGAAAAAUUCCACAAAUUACAAGCAGUGGAUGAAUAUCGUCCCUCCGUAUACCAUGUUUGCCCACAACAUCAACGAUACAGUAUUGGAGGGCUUGGAGAAAUCGUUCUGCGCUCUCGAUACACUUUCGCAGGUUGGCCGAAUCAGUAGUUCAACCGAGGUUGGCAUGACCAAUCGUGGACUUGGGAAUAAGCCCAAGGAACAAUUUUACAUUACUGGACUGAACCAGAGUUCUUCGUACAGCGGUCUUCUAGCAAUGGUGGGCAAUUCGACCGCGUCCGGGAAUGGCAUCAUUGGCGGCGGCGGCCAGGUAUGGCAACCGAUGAAUUUCACGACCAAAACAGACGACAAUUGCGCCGUGCUAUUCAACCUAACCUUCUGCUCAGAAGUCGCAUACGCAGUCCCCUCAAAUCCUAAACUAAGUGUCGACAAGCUCCGCACAAUCUACGACGACUACGCCACCGCCUUCUACCAAAAUUUCACCUAUUCCCUCCAACAAGUCCAAUGCGAAACAAACGAAGAAUCCAUGUUCUCCCUCGCUGUUGACUGCGAGGACUGCGCAAAAGCCUACAAACAAUGGCUCUGUGGCGUCACAAUCCCCCGCUGUGCGGACUACAGUAACACCGCCAGCUACCUGGCUGUUCGGAACGCAGGUCAGGCCUUCAUCAAUGGCUCUUCUCUGCCAGAUGAUAGUCCGUACCGUCAAUCUGUGGCGUCGAAUACAUCCCGCAAUGCUAUCAUCGAUGAGCAGAUCAUGCCGGGUCCCUAUAAAGAGAUCCUGCCCUGUCAGGAUAUCUGUCAUACCCUUGUUAAGAAUUGUCCGUCUGCACUUGGAUUUGGAUGUCCUGAAGGUGCGUGGAUGAACUCUUCCUAUGGGUAUCGGAAUUCAGACGGUAUUAUUACUUGCUCUUAUCUUGGGGCUGUGUAUUAUUUGAGUCUUGGGUUGAACUACUCGAUCUCAACAAUCAUCGCCAUGGAAUUCGGUCUUCCUCCUACAACUUUUCGCACGGGUGCUACAGCGCUCAUCACAGGAGCCGCUUCGGGUAUUGGACUUGCCAUCGCGCAACGAUGCUAUUCACACGGAAUGAACCUGAUACUUCUCGACAAUAACGCCGCAGCCCUUUCACAAGCAACAGCGAAGUUCCCUUCCGACGGACGCAAUACCACCACCUUAAGUCAUAUCCUCGAUGUCUCAUCAUUCGAAGCAUGGAAACAGUUGGUUCCCAAAAUCGAGUCCCUAUUCCCAGAGGGUAUUGAUUUCCUGGUACUCAAUGCCGGCGCUGGUAUAGCUCCAGCUGGAGACAAGGGGAUGUGGGAGGAUCCGACAUACUUCGACAGGACUUUUGCAAUCAACACAAUGGGCUACACGAAUGGCAUCGUUGCUGUUCUCAAAAUGGUUACCAAGAACAAAGAUGCUGCCCGGGCUAUUGUGAUGACUGGCUCCAAGCAAGGAAUCACGAACCCGCCUAGUAACCCUGCCUAUAAUGCCUCCAAAGCCGCUGUACGAUCCAUUGCAGAGCAUUUGUCUUUCGAUCUAGACAAAGUGGCUCCGAAUGUCAGUGUCCAUCUGUUGAUUCCGGGAUGGACUUAUACUGGUUUCCACACUGGGAGCUUCAAGGAGAAGCCUGCGGGUGCGUGGACAUCUGAGCAGGUGGUUGAUUUCAUGGUGGAGAAAAUGGCAGAGAAGAAAUUUUACAUUUUGUGUCCGGAUAAUGAAGUUUCCGAGGAGAUAGAUCGGAAGAGAAUGCUGUGGGCCACUAGCGAUAUCCUGGAGGGCCGGCCUCCGUUGUCUCGUUGGAGGGAGGAGUGGAAGGAACAAGCCAAGCGUGAGAUUGAAGGUUAG